CAAAUCGCAAGCCACAAUCGUAUUGUCUGGAGAUCGUUGUCUCAAGAUCAUGGCCCUGCCACCUCAGACAGAGUGGACUUGGAGGCCGAAGAUCAGGACUUCAUACAUGGACGCAAAGACGUUCACGACUUCCAUGACAGGAUCCAAUGCUUAUUGUUACGCAAAGAUUAUCACGGAUUGAUCAAGUUGUUCAGUGCCACAGAGGAUAACCUGAAGUUCAUUCAGAGCGUUCCGGAAAACACUUUCACUGAGAUGUUGGCCCAUUUGCAGCCAAAAAACACCCUAGAAUGGGCAACUAUACCGUACUCACAAUUGAGCCCCGCGAUGGUCCAGCAGUUGCACCUCCCGUCUGCGGACAGUCUUAUCAGAGAGCAUCUUCUCAAUGCAAUUCAGAUCCUCGACAGACGCAAUAAGUCCGGUAAGACUUUGAGCGUCACCGACUACAGUCUUAUACUCGGGUUUGCGCGCUGGAUUGGUCAGAGAGAUGUCGCAGAGUCGUUUUGGAGAGCCAUGGAGACCGACCAUGUCGUACCGGACCUUAAAUGUUACAACAACUAUUUGGGAGCCAUCGUCUCACAUCUCCGUCAUGAGCCAUAUGCCAGCCACAGCCGCCGUUUGACUGCUUUCAGAGUCGAAGCGCGCUCCAAGCCGAGCCCGAACGCGAGACACGCAGCUUACAAAAUUGGUGACGGAGGCAUCAAACAGGAAGUCAUGAGUUUCCACCGUGAGAUGAUACAAAACGAUGUUGUGCCAGAUGAAGAGACGUUCCGUCUUCUCAUACUUGGGGUUGCUCGCGAAGGUGACCUUGAUACUGUCAAGAAGAUCCUUAGACAAGUGUGGAGAAUUGACGUUGAUGGUAUUGUCGAUGGUCUUGAAGAUGGAUAUUCAGAGAAAGAGCUUGAUAUGUCGCCCACAUCCCCGCUCUAUCCGACUCCAUUCUUGGUUUAUGCCAUCGCACAUGCUUUCGGUAUCAACAACGAUAUUCCCACGGCUCUUCGACUGGUGGACCAUGUCUCGAGAACCUACAAGGUUGAGGUUUUCGAUCAUGUGUGGCACGAACUGUUCAACUGGACAUUUGUUCUUUCUUUGCCUCGUCAAGCAUCAAGAAGAGAACAUGCUUAUUUACCGAAGGCCAGCGUACAGAAGAUCUGGGAAGUGAUGCGGAACAAGCCUUACAACGUGCGUCCGACUAUGAGCAUGUACAACAAGCUGAUCAAGAGCCUCUUCAUACAACAGAGAACUCGAGACAUGUGGCAUUACAUGUGCGAGGCACUGCCUCUGUUCGAAGACAUGCGCAUCAAAACUCGAGACUUGAGCAAGGCGUUGCGUAAAGCACUCAGACAACCUCGGCAUGAGAUCUAUACGGCUCAGCCAGUCGGCCAGCUCCAUGAGGACUACAUGCAUAGUCGAGUAGUCCAGAAGACGUCUCGUCUAUGGCUCAAACGCUGGGUACGUCUGCUGCUCGCAAGCAUGCACUCAUGGCGCAAGGUCGACAAAGACCUAUUCUGGAGCACCAUUCAAAUACCCAAGGUCAUUCUCGAAUGGAAAGAGUUUAUGCCUAGCAAGGUGUGGUAUGAUAUUCCUGGAGGCAGGGUAGGCAUCAUCCUUCGUUCUGGCGAGGAGAAGGAAAUUUAUCAGGAGAAGACCAUGGAUAUUAUGGAUGCAAACGACAAGGUUCUGGGCAAUAAUAGCCUGCUUCCUGCACAGGAUGGCAAUCGCUACGUGCUGACACGCCGUCAGCAAAAGGCGGCUACUAAACGUGGUCGUGUCACCUUGAAUCAGCAGGUUAAGGCCGAGAAGGAUUCAACAGGCCAAAAGCUCCAGCCUGAGAUUGACGAUGAAUGAUCACACAGAGGAAGCGAGCAGUAUAAUGAUGGAAACGGGGACCGACAGCAUCGCCAGGAGUUCAAGGAAACAGUAUGAAUAGCCCCGCAUGAGAUAUGCAGUAUGAUUAACAAGAAUUAACGAUAUGAAGACGAAGG